AUGGCCAUCAUUACCAAAUUUACUACUGUGGAAUAUGGGCAAAAUUCUGAAUUGUCACAACUAUCAGAGGGAGACGGCUCUAGAUGUAAUGCAAGGAAGCUUCCAGUAGUCAAAGACCUGAAUUGCAUGGUAAAUGAGAUGAAAAGAAUAUUGGUUCAUAGUCAGAACAUUGAUGAGGCGACAUUUUCCAUGAAGUAUGGGCGACUGUUAGAAAUUACGAAGAUAGAAGUAUUGAACCCAGCAAUCAAAGCCCUGAUUAACUUUUGGGAUCCGGAUUACAGAUGUUUUUCCUUUGGAAAAGUGGAUUUGUGUCUUACUGUAGAAGAGUAUGGAAUGUUGAUGGAGUUUCCCAAACACCUGCACAAGGUUUAUUUCCCUUUGAGAAGUGACAAGGUAAUUCCUGAAUUGUCAAAAUUGCUGAAAAUUCCACAUCUGAGCAGAUUUUUAGAGAAGAAUGCCAACGGUUUAAAGUGGAAAUUUCUGGAGGUUGAACUAGAAAGGAAAAAAUUGCAAUAUGGAUCGAUGCUAGAAAGAGACAGGUUAAUCGCUCUGGGGAUAUAUGGUCUCGUAUUAUUUCCAAGCUUAUCAGGGGUUAUAAGCCUAGAAGCUGCUGCUGCGUUUGUGGAGUAUGAAAAUACUCAUGUCAACCCUAUAACUGCCAUAUUAGCUGAGACCUUCCUGACCCUCAACCAUUUCAGGAAGACUGGUAAAGGCGCAAUGAGAUGUUGUACUCAGUUAUUAUACAUCUGGAUGGUAAGCCAUAUCGAAACCAAAAAGCCAAUCUUUAAUAAUUUUUGGUGGUUUAAUCAAAAACCUUUGAAGUUAGUAGAAGAAGAAGAAUGGGGAAGCUUGGGCAAUCAGGGUUGGAUGAAAAAACUGCAAGAGUUACCUAGUAGCAACUUUAGUUGGAAAGCCCCUUGGGUCAAAUCGGUUGAUGUCCUAGUAAGUUGUGGACAAAAAUGUUGGGUACCUUUAGUUGGGAUCACAGGUUAUGUCAGCUAUGCUCCGGCCCUGGUGAUAAGACAAUUAGGCGGCAUACAACACAUCCCAAGAACUGUGGGAGUCGCUGAAUUUUCCGGGUUUUUCAAGGAUCAAUCCGCGCUAGAAGUUCUUGAAACUAUCAAACAAGAUUGGAGCCACUUGACUUUAAUUCGAAAGGAGUCUGAAAGGUUGAGAGACCCCAGCUCAAGUGAAGGAUAUGAAAAGUGGAGGAAUUUGACCCCGACUGCCGCUCCUAGAAUGCCAUGUUCUGAAGACGGGCCUUCACAAAUUAUAGAAGGGUCAUUGAAAAGAAAAAAGGUCAGUAAUGAGGAGGACCUUAUGGGGCAAUUAGAAAGGCUCCAAAUAGAAUUGGGAAAGAGUAAGGUAGAUAAAACAACAUUAGAAAUGAUGAUGAUGGAGGGAGACAAAAGCAGAGUAUUUCUAAACGAACAAUUCGAAUAUAGAGAUGCAAAAAUAAUGAUGUUAGAGCUGCAAUUGAGCAAAGGAAAGGCUAUAAUGGAAGAGUCCGAGAAAGAGAGGGGAACACUGAUUUUGGAUUGGAUGCAGAGCAGCUCUGAAUUGGAAGCAUUAAAGGCCGACUUCAACGACUAUCAAGAAAAUGCUGAAUACAAUCAGGAUAAAUUCUUGCACAUUUAA